GUUUUUCAGGUCGCACGGACGUUGGAACGUCAAAAAUAGAGCUGCACGUUCUAGGAUAGAAUAUACUUUAAUUGGAAGGACGUGGGGCGAUAAACUACGGUGAUAUAGUAAUAAACGUUUUAUUAAUGACGUGAAGAAAGCUGAAGAGGACAUGAUACUGAGUCAAAUAAGUCGAAAUGUUCGGCUGCUCUUCGGUCAAAUUCAGAGACGUCGUCCGGCUGUUUUACCGUCAGCCCGGUGUAUGAACCAGGUUUCAUUACAGCAGGAACCAUGCACCAAAGAAAAUGAAGCAGUGAACCCAACCUUUCUGAACAGAAACCCACGGAACCUGGAGCAGAUGGCGCUGGCUGUGAAGGAACGGGGCUGGAAAAGCAGCUGGCCUCGCAGGGACUUUUACCACAGGUUGGUAUUUUCUCGUAGCCAGCACCAUGUGACAGCAGAGGUCUUCUCCGUUAGCUCUCCUGUCCCGGUGCUCUCCUGCUCCACUAAGGAGUGGGCUAUAAAGCGGGAGUUGGCCUUCACAAACUGCGUGGCAGCGUGUCAGGCUGUGGGGGAGGUGCUGGCGCACCGAUGCAAGCAGGCCGGCAUCACCAGAAUGGUGUACAGUGAGAUUCCUUGGCACUACCGCUGUGACACUGUUCAGUCCUUCAGGUUGGCAAUGAAAGAAGGAGGGGUCCUCCUCAGUGAACCAAGAAGGAAAUACAUCAGGACCUGAGUCUGGGUUUUGUCAUUUUGUUAAAUAAAACUGUCUGCAACCCUAAAUCA